AUGUCUCGAAUUGACGUCCACCAUCACUGGUUGCCUCCAGCAUACGCCGAAGGUAAAGUUUUCAAAGUCCUGAAGAGUGAAAUACACGAUGGAAAUGCUCAUAUGAAGGCAGCGUUAAAAGCAAAUGGAGGUGAUCCAUCCGGUUGGAAGACUCCGGAUUGGUCUCCGGAAAGUGACAAGGCAAUCUGUCAGAAACUGGGUAUCCGCACAGUCUUUUUUUCUGUUACAGCGCCAGGCCCAGAUGUUGUGAAGGGACCGGAGUCAGCUCGAAUUGCCAGGCAAAGUAAUGAAUGGGCGGCGAAAUUCCGAGACCAAGAUUCCCAGAAACACGGGUUCUUCGCGACUAUCCCGUCGCCUUUGGAAGAUCUUGACCGGGCCAUUUCGGAGCUUUCGUAUGCGCUCGAUGUCUUGCAUGCAGACGGUGUGACACUGUUCACCCGUUAUGGAGACGGGAACUACUAUCUUGGCCACCCAAUUUUCAGGCCCCUAUGGGCAGAGCUCAACAAACGUCACGCUGUUGUAUUCAUUCAUCCCACAACAGGGGUAGACAUUGGCGGGAUGAUCAACCCACUUUUACCUGCGCCCAUGAUUGAGUAUCCCCAUGAGACGACACGUUGCGCUGUCGAUCUUGUUGUUUCGAAGAGAGUUCAGGAGAACCCCAACUGCAAGAUGAUCUUGUGCCAUUGCGGCGGCACUCUCCCGUUCAUCGCAAUGCGUCCCGGAACGCUACUUUCCCAUGCGAAAUUGUCGUCUAUGACUCUUGAGGAAUUCCUUGGAGACUGUCGGAAGUUCUAUUAUGACGUUGCCCAAAGCAGCUCACAAGCCAUCGAGUUUUUGAUGAAGUUUGCGGAUCCUAACCGUGUCCUUUACGGCUGUGAUUAUCCCUAUUGCCCCGACAAAACUAUCGACUUCUUCACAAAUGCAUUGGACUCAGCAUCCCUGACUGAAGAGCAACUAUCAAAGAUCAACAGAAGAAAUGCUUUAAAGUUGUUUCCACGAUUAGCUGAGGGGGAAUGA